UAAAAAGUAGCAUCCUCAGAAGUCACAACACACUCCACUGAUUAGAGGCAAGAGUUAUGGCUUGUUCAUCUUCGUUAUCAUCAUCAGCAUCAUCAGCAUCAACGGAGGAGGUGACACUGAAAGUGAAAUGGAGCGGCAAGGAGUACACGGUGCGAGUUUGCGGCGACGACACGGUUGGGGAACUGAAACGCCGAAUCUGCGAGUUAACAAACGUGUUACCCAUUCGCCAGAAACUCUUGUACCCAAAAAUGGGUUCCAAACUCAACGACAACGACUCUCUCUUCCUCUCACAACUCCCUCUUAACUCCUCUUUCAAAAUGACCAUGAUCGGUACUACUGAAGAAGAUUUAAUUGUUGAUCCAGUUGAGUCACCUGAGAUUGUUGAUGAUUUUGAGCUUCCUCAACAAGAAGCUGUUGACAUCAAGGACAUGGAAGUCAAUAAGCAAAAGUUGAGGAGACGCAUAGAUCACUUCAAGAUUGAGCUUCUGAAUCCAUGUCGCAAUGGAAAGAAACUCCUUGUUCUCGACAUUGAUUAUACCCUUUUUGAUCAUCGUUCCACGGCUGAGAACCCCCUUCAACUUAUGAGACCUUACCUUCAUGAGUUUCUUACAUCAGUUUAUUCCGAGUAUGAUAUUAUGAUAUGGUCUGCAACCAGCAUGAAAUGGAUUAACCUCAAGAUGGGACAACUUGGGGUUCUGGACAAUCCUAACUACAAAAUUACUGCACUUCUUGACCACUUAGCAAUGAUCACUGUUCAGUCAGCUUCUCGUGGGGUCUUUGAUUGCAAGCCACUUGGUUUGAUCUGGGCUCAAUUCCCUGAGUUCUACAAUGCUUCGAAUACUAUCAUGUUUGACGACCUUCGAAGGAAUUUCGUGAUGAAUCCACAGAAUGGUUUGAUAAUUAAACCAUUCAGGAAGGCUCAUGCUAACCGAGAUAGUGAUCAGGAGCUUGUGAAGCUUACCCAGUACUUACUGGCCAUUGCAGAGCUUGAUGACUUUAGCAAACUUGAUCAUAAAAAUUGGGAGUUAUUCACAGAGGACAAUGCUAAAAGGCGUAGGCACGAGUAAAUGAUAAUGGAAUGCAAUAAGAGGAAUAUGGUUAAGCAAGAUGCAUUGCAGCUUUUAAACUUUAUACAACCAGAGGAUUUCAAUUUUUCAUUUCAAGUCAUUAUGUUAGGACAGGGUGAAUGACAGGAAGAAAAGGUUUCCUUGUGGCAGCUGUGUGGAGUUAUCUAAGAUGACUAGUACUGCUUAUGCAUUACUAUGCACCAAUUCCUGAACAGAAUUUGAUUUGAUGCAUGAGAAAAUUGUAUGUUUUCAUAAUUUGUUGCGACAUGGGCACAAAGCUUGGAUCAUACCGGGUAUUGUGGUCAUCUUUGCCAAUGUCAUGUCAUAAUGCACGCAAAGAAACACUAGUUAAAUGAGAAUGAUUAGUUGUGUGACAACUGUAAAAUAUCCAAUGUGAUAAAUAGAUUCUAAUUAUCGACAAUGUGUUAUAUGUAAGUUAAGUUCAACCUUUC